AAACCCUAGUUUAAACUUUCACGGCCGACCUAUCUGUUUAGUUCGUUCGUGUGACCAACAUCUUCUCCGGCGCUAUAGCGACGAUUCUCCGAUGGCAAGCGCUUGGAACAUGAGCAUUGCAAUGGUUCAUAGGGAUAUAGAGAGGGAAUGGGGGAGAUCAAAUGUGGAGUUGUUUCUUUUUGUUUUUUUUUUUAUUGUUAUUGGAGAUUCUUGCUCUCUUUGGGAACCAGUUUAGUCAUCAUGGGACGUUCUGGAGAGAAUAUAUAUUUCAAAUUUUAUAAUAGCUUUUGGAGCACAUUGGAGAGCAAAUAAGCAUUUGGAGCUUGUGGAGCAACUGCUCUGACCAAGGAUUGCUCUCACUUGGUUUGCUUCAUUAACCUCUUUGGUUUAUUUUAACCUUUGCAAACAAUGAGUGGGCGAUUUUCUCGGUCAAUCUAUGUUGGUAACUUGCCUGGUGACAUUAGAGAACAUGAGAUUGACGAUCUGUUUUACAAGUAUGGCCGCAUAGUGGAUAUUGAGCUGAAGGUUCCACCUCGUCCUCCAUGUUAUUGCUUUGUUGAGUUUGAGCAUUCUCGGGAUGCUGAAGAUGCCAUCAAGGGACGUGAUGGCUAUAAUUUUGAUGGCUGUCGCUUGAGGGUUGAGCUUGCCCAUGGUGGCCGAGGACAGUCUUCAAGUGAUCGUCGUGGUGGCUAUGGUGGUGGAGGAGGCUAUGGUGGUGGAGGUGGGGGUGGUGGUGGAUCUGCUCGGUUUGGCGUCUCACGACACUCAGAAUUCCGAGUUAUCGUGCGUGGGCUCCCAUCAUCUGCUUCAUGGCAAGAUUUGAAGGAUCAUAUGCGGAAAGCUGGUGAUGUGUGCUUUGCUGAGGUCACUCGAGACAGUAAUGGAACUUAUGGUGUUGUCGACUACACCAAUUAUGAUGACAUGAAGUAUGCUAUAAGGAAACUUGAUGACACAGAGUUCAGAAACCCCUGGGCUAAAGCUUAUAUCCGGGUUAGGAAAUAUGAAAGCUCCCAAUCAAGAAGCCCAAGUAGAAGCAGGAGCAGAAGCCGAAGCCGAAGUCGUGGCCGUGGCCAUAGCCGUAGUCGCAGCCGUGGUAGCCGCAGCCUUAGCGGUAGCAAGAGCCCAAGGAAGGAUUUGAGUAAAUCACCAAGACGAUCCCUUUCCAGGUCGAUAUCAAAAUCUAGAUCACCAUCUCCUGACAGGAAAAAGAGUCCCCCCAGGGCAAUGUCGAGAUCUAAGUCCAGGUCCCCAUCAAAAUCUCCUCCCAAGGUUCGUGAAGGCAGUGAGUGAUUUAUUAGGCGGUGAAAAUGGCCAGAAGAAAAGACUGCUUAAAUUCUCAAGUCAAGAUCCAAUCUGUGACAUUGUUGUUUUUGCUGUUUUUGGAUAAUUGACUUCUUCUUCUCCUUGUGUUUCUUUGCUUUCAAAUCUUCUUUGCACUACUCUCUUUCUCUCUUUUAUGUUAUGGAUGAUUCCGUGAAAAUCACCAUACCUCUUGAACUUUGUAUGAUUAGACUUGUUCGUGUCCUUUACCAUUUUAAUGUCGUAGCGACCCCAGAUUAGAUUUCUUAUGAUAUUUAUGAAAUAUUUGACUGAUUUAUUUGAUAAA